CCAGCAAACCUUGCCAUAUACUCUUCCUUUUCUCCAUUUCUUCCCAAAAAAUAGAUACUAACAAUUAAAGAAAAACCCAGAGAGAAAGUAAGUUUUUUUGGAACAAUUUACUGCCCACUAGCGUUACCUUUGGCAUCCCAUAUGAAUCUGCUGCUUAGAAAAGGAAACUGAAGUUGAGCAAUUAAAGUACAAAGUAUAAAUACAAAUUUUAUAAUAAAAAAAAAAAGGUCUUUGAAACUGCAGGGAAGUGGUUUCCUUUGAGACAGAAGGCAAAAGAAAAAAAGGAAGACAGAGUGGGAUUUUUAGUUUGGUUUUGAGAUGGCGUUCUGCUCUAUGAUUUGUUGUGGGAAAGGCGUCGAUCGGAAAGAGAAGGGAAAGCAGCAGCCGACAUGGAGGAUAUUUUCAUUGAAAGAAUUACAUUCAGCUACCAAUAAUUUUAAUUAUGACAACAAGCUUGGAGAAGGAGGAUUUGGCAGUGUAUAUUGGGGUCAGCUAUGGGAUGGAUCACAGAUCGCAGUUAAGAGGCUGAAGGUGUGGAGCAAUAAAGCAGAAGUGCAGUUUUCGGUUGAGGUUGAGAUAUUGGCAAGAGUUAGACACAAGAAUCUACUGAGUUUACGAGGAUACUGUGCUGAAGGGCAAGAACGUCUGAUUGUAUACGACUACAUGCCCAACCUAAGUUUGCUUUCACAUCUUCACGGGCAUCAUUCAUCAGAAUGCCAUCUUGAUUGGAGUAGAAGGAUGAAUAUCGCAAUUGGCUCUGCUGAAGGAAUUGCUUACCUUCACCACCAUUCAACCCCACACAUAAUUCACAGAGACAUCAAAGCUAGUAAUGUGUUGCUAGAUUCAGAUUUCCAGCCUCAGGUUGCGGAUUUUGGGUUUGCAAAAUUUAUCCCUGAUGGUGCAACACAUGUGACUACUCGAGUUAAGGGUACCCUUGGCUACCUUGCCCCUGAGUAUGCUAUGUUAGGAAAAGCUUCGGAGAGUUGUGAUGUGUACAGUUUUGGCAUUCUUCUGCUAGAGCUUGCCAGUGGCAAGAAACCCCUUGAGAAACUGAGUCCAACGGUGAAACGCCCGAUUGCAGAAUGGGCCCUCCCUGUAGCUUCUGAGGGGACGUUCAGUGAAUUGGCGGAUCCAAGGUUAAAUGGGAAGUAUGUGGAAGAAGAGCUGAAAAGGGUUGUCCUAGUCGCACUUGUAUGUGCUGACGCUCAGCCCGAGAAAAGACCUACCAUCCUUGAAGUUGUCAAGCUGCUCAAGGGAGAGUCCAAAGAGAAAUUAAGUGAACUAGAAAAUAGUGAUCUGUUCAAGAACCCGCAGUCUGCUGUUUGUAAUGAUGAGAUAUUGGCUUCCGAGGAGAGCUCAGACACAAUUAAGGAAGAGAAGGAUUCCUAAUCCGGUGAAGGAGACUGGGCACGGAAGUCCUUAAGCUGGCUGAUGCCAAGGACGAAUUUAAGUAUUAGAUGUCAAAAUUUGUAUAAUUGAUAUACAUAUAGAUAUUAUUGUUUUCUUUUGCUUACUUAUCUUCUUCUCGUAAGAGGUGGCAGUGGUUACCGAUGCCAGCAACACCACGUUGUAACAUGGAACUAUGUUUCAGGAGUGCUAUGUUAUAUGUCUGGGGGUCAACGAAAUGUUUCUUGAAUUCUUUUUUACUUUAGACAUUUGGUUUUAUAGUGGGCGUUUUACAUCA